AUGGCGGAUGAGGUGAUUCUUCUAGAUUUCUGGCCGAGUCCUUUCGGUGUGAGAGCGAGGAUCGCGCUGAGAGAGAAAGGAAUAGAGUUUGAGUACAGAGAAGAGAAUCUGAGAGACAAGAGCCCUUUGCUUCUAGAGAUGAAUCCGGUUCAUAAGAAGAUUCCGGUUCUGAUCCAUAACGGUAAACCGGUUUGUAGAGAGAAAGCGUGGUUAAGUCACUCCCUGAUCCUGAGAAGAUCGUUGAGGUCGCGUUUAAGAUUAGGAAGAUGUAUUGUGUCUGAAAUCUAA